AUGGACUACUGGCCCGCUUCCACCACGGAGAUAUUCCCAGGUCUCUUCAUCGGCAACUACCAAAGCUCCAACACCCGCGAAGUUCUCGAAUCCAACAAAAUCACCGCCGUCGUCUCAGCCGCAGAGGGCCGAAGCGGCCAUUGGCAUCGCACAAAGUUCACCGACUCCAUCAAACCCGGCCACCAUCUAUGGAUCGAAUGCCUCGAUAACAAAGUCGAGAAUAUGCUUCGCUAUAUGCGCACCAUCUGCGAUUUCAUCGAUGCACAUCUAGAACCUAAGGAUUCGAAGCCGCCUGGUCGCGUCUUGGUGCAUUGUAAGAUGGGGAGGUCCCGCUCCUCGACUAUGGUUAUUGCGUACUUGAUGUGCAAGUUGGGAAAGAGCCGCGAUGAGCUUUUGGGGGAGAUGAAAGUCAAAUGGCCGCGGACAAGGCCGAGUUCGAAUUUCAUGGCGCAGUUGGAGAUUUGGGAGAAAGUCGGGUACGAUUUGUGGGAUGAUGAGGAAAGACGGUCCCCAAGCUGGAGUAUGCGACGUAUUUGGCGCAGAGGGCGGCCUAUCUGGAAAAGCAUGGGUUGA